UUCGCGCCGUUCGGCAGCAGGAGGCGCUCUGCGCGAAAGCUGAAUCAAAACAAAACGAAGUUUGAAGAGAGUACGGGGCAGGGUAUGGUUGCCGCGUCGGCAGAAGAUAACACGCGGCGCGCUAUCGAACGCGGCAGCCUUGCCGUCGUAGAGAGAAUGCUGGACGAAACGAAGGAGGAGUUGGUCAAAAGUAAGAAAAUUGUGGAAGAGAGCCAGGCUCAACCUCGCUGCCGCCGCCGCCGCUGCUGCUGCUGCUGCUGUUUUUUUCAGCAGCAGCAGCGGCGGCGGCAGGUGUCUGCGUGGCUUCACCGCCCGGCUACUACUCGGGUGUGUCAUAAGGCAUGUGUUCUAGAGUGGGACCGCGCAAAGGUGUUGUGUUGUGUCCCACAGCAGGGCACAUCAGAGCAAAUAGGCGAGCGGCGCCCUCGCGCGUGCGCGUCAGGUGUUUUUAGGGAGCUUUCGGACCGUUCCGUGCAAUUUUAUUGGUCAGUCGAUUUUCCAUCAGGAAGAUCCGAGGUCACUUGUUCAAAAAAUUUCCUCUCGGAAAUUUGCUGCUUUGACACCCCUGACAGCAGUAGUGAGUCUCUCACGUUCUCCAAUUUGUUUGCAUUGUCGGUGGGAGGUCGGGAGGGAGGGACGUUACCACUAGUACAGCAGUACUAGAGUUCGGCGUCCAUUGUCGUGGUCUCCAGACGGAACCUCCAACCAUUUUCGUUUCAAGGUGAUACCCACCGAUGUGAAUCCACGAAGCGCCCCGAAGUGACGUUUCGAAUUACGCCGCACCGAGGCCACGAGACACCCCAAGAAGGCAAGAAGGCGCGCGUCAGCUGAACCGCGUCACCUAUUCUCGAGUGACGACGUGUGCAUGCGUUGAGCGAAGGGAAACAAACUUGAGUAGAGAAGUGCGUGCUCUGGGAUAGAUGAUGAGAUGGCUGGGUGCAACAGGGUUUGGCCUGCUGGUUGCUAUGGAGAAAGCUCGGGCGUUCAACGUGAUGAUUCAGAGGGAGGCUGUUGUUGGCUCGCCAACUUCGCGGUCGGUGAUGGGUGCUACAGUUACACGGGCAUCCCCAUUGCAGCGAAGAGUGUUCAUGUCGUCCUCACCAGACGCUGAGGAAGAGAGCGUCCCCGUCGCUCAAGAGCCCGCGCCGCAGCCUCAGGCAUCAGGGGGGGGAGACCUCACGCCCCCGCCCGGUAUUUCCGAGCAGGAGGAGGCCGAGCUGGUGGGGCCUUCCAAGUCUACUGUCUUCGUGGCCGGUGGCUCCGGCUUUGUCGGCUCAGAGAUCUGCACCCAGCUUGUUGCCGCCGGGUGCAACGUGAUCGCCCUCAGCCGCAAGGGGGCACCGGCGAAUGGAGGGUCUUGGGUGAAGUCCGUCAAGUGGGUAGAGGGCAACGCUCUGAACCAAGACCUGUACCGCGCCGAGCUACGGCGAUCCGACACGGUGGUGUCCUGCGUGGGGGGGUUCGGGAAGACAGACGCUUACAUGGGGCUGGUCAACGGCGAGACCAACAUCAAGCUCGCCGAGGCCGCAGCGGACGCGGGGGUGAAACAGUUCGUGUUCGUGUCGGUACACGACUACAAGGCUCCGUCGGUCGUUAAGAAGGUGGGGUACUUCGACGGAAAGCGGCGGGCGGAGAAGCUCAUCGGCGAACUGUUCGGCGCAAAGGGCGUGAUCCUGAAGCCGGCGUUCAUCUACGGCUCUCGAGACGUGAAGCUCACCGGCCCCAAGGGCAAGGAACGCACGGUCAACAUACCCUUGCAGCGUGUGGGGGGGCCGCUGGCCAAGAUUACCUCCACCGGCAUCGGAAAGCGAAUCGCAAGCGAGUCACGAUCUGGUCUUCCCCUCGCCGACGUUGCGUGGACCCAGCCGCUGAGCACGGCCGAGGUGGCCAAGUCCGCCGUAAGGUGCUGCCUUGAAGGCACAGACUCUCUGGGCGGGGGUAGGGGUAAGGACUCUGGGGAUGCCGUCGUCCUCAAGGUCCAGGACAUGGCUCAGAUGACGGCGUGACCCUGUGGCCCCACUCGCAUGCAUGUCAUUGGCCGACAGCCACAGCCCCAUGCGAGAGCCGUGAUCUCCAGAAUACUCUUGUUUGACGUCGUUGCUGCUCUUGCCUCUUGUCGUCGUUGAGUUGAUCUCGCGAGGUAUCGGUCGUUGCAGAGGGAGGGUGCCUCUUGGGAGAGGUCUCCUGGAGAAGUCUAGACGAUAUGUAUUCGGGGUGUUACGACACUCACCCCUGGCGCCUCAUCCAACUACUACGCUUCGGAAACAAACAAGAACCCCAAGUCGUAGAUGUCCUUGUGCUUGAUCAGUCAAUAAGGCGUGGAAGUAGGGACGAAUCCGCGCAAGUAUCAGUGAGAGGCAGGUGUGAAUAGGUCAGACUUGGAGCAAUGGCCAUGGCGCACGAAUACCAAAGAGGGAAAAAACAGAAUGGGAAGGCUCUGGCCUUGUAGCCACAGGCCGUGGUGCUCUGAGGACCGCCUGUGUCGUUGGUGUUGAGCGCGCGCCGUUCCGUCGUGUCACGAGAAGGAUGAGUGUGCGUUCAAUGAUCUGCGCCGCCGCGGGCCUCUUGUCCGUGCCGCAUCAGCGCACAAGCCAGAGGGCGAUCGGGGU